AUGGGUACAACAAAGCCUUGGGUUUCCUGUUUUGUGGGGUUUCUAUUUCUGUUGCUUCAGGUGAUGAUGGAAGAAGGCAAGGCAAUAAACAGCCAUGUGGGUGGCGUUACAGAUCAGAGUUCGAGGAUUGGAAGACAACACAAGAUAGCCAUGGAAAUGGCUCUCCAUUCCUUCCCCUCUUCAACUUCCUUUCCAAAGUUGGAGCUGCUUCAUAACCAUUCAAAUGCCAACUCCGCUCGUGCUAUAACUUCCGCUUUGGAUCUGAUUAGCAGCAAAGAAGUGAGUGCCAUUCUUGGAGCAUUUACUUUCCAAGAAAUGCAAUUAAUCUCCGAGAUUAACAAAACCAGCGUUGAUAUUGCCACCAUAUCGCUCCCAGUUGCGGCUUCUGUUCCUCCUCUGUUGCCGCCGCCUUCCUUCAUUCAAAUGGCUCACCACAUCACCUUCCACAUGCAGUGCGCAGCCGCCCUCGUCGGGCAUUUUCAGUGGCAUAAAGUUACUGUAAUCUAUGAGAACAGAAACGACAUGUCGAUCAACAUGGAGGCCUUGACUCUCCUCUCCAACGAACUUAGGGUUUUCAAUGCAGAGAUUGAGCAGAUCUCUGCCUUCUCUUCCUCGCAUACAGAAGCCAUGAUUGAGGAGAAGCUCAAAAGUCUCACGGGUCGUGACAGGAACAGGGUGUUCAUUGUGGUGCAAUUUUCAAUAGAGUUGGCCAAGCUCCUCUUUCACAGAGCAAAAAGGAUGAACAUGAUGGAUAAUGGAUUCGUUUGGAUUGUUGGAGAUGAGAUGUCCAGUCUUAUGGAUUCUUUGGAUUCCUCUAAUUUCUAUAACAUGCAGGGUGUCAUCGGGUUUCGAACUUAUGUUGACCAUACCAAAGAUUCAUUCAAGAAAUUCAGAAGCAAAUUCCGUAGAAUGUAUCGUUUAGAAUAUCAGCAUCAUGAUGAAGAAGAGGAAGAGGAGGAGAAAAGUGCGGAGCCGAGCAUCUUUGCCCUUCGAGCUUACGAUGCAUCAUGGGCCGUGGCCGCAGCCAUGAAUAAAUUGCAAGGAAAUUUCAGCAACAAACAACUGUUGAAGCAAAUUCUAGCCACUGAAUUUGAAGGCCUUAGUGGUAGCAUAGGAUUCGAGAAUGGUACGUUGAAGCAACCACCCACUUUUGAAAUCAUUUACGUGGUGGGUAAGAGCUACAAAGAAAUGGGAUUCUGGAGACAAAAGGUGGGAUUUUUCAACAACUUGAUGGAAGAUGAAGAAAUUAGAAAUGGGGUUUUGGAGUUUCCAAGAUUCGUUUUCUGGGAAGGGAAUGAACAAACAGGAUUGAAACGACGGAUGAAUCUUGACUCUAAUUCUGAAGUACCCAGAAUCUUAAAAAUUGGAGUUCCAGCCAACAAUACUUUUCACGAAUUUGUGAAAGUAUCAUACGAUCAUAUCAAUGGGGUUUACAUCUCUGGAUAUUCCAUUUCUGUGUUUGAAGCUGUCGUAAAAAACCUGCCUUAUCCAUUGCAUUACCACUUGGUUCCCUUCAAUGGCUCCUAUGAUGAAUUGGUAAAGCAAGUCCACGCAAAGGGUUUGGAUGCUGCAGUGGGAGAUAUCGGAAUAUUUGCAGACCGAUUUCAAUAUGUGGACUUCACAGAGUCAUAUAUGGUGUCUGGGCUUCUUAUGAUAGUGAAAGAAGAGAAAAGGAAUUGGAAAGAAAUAUGGGUAUUCAUGAAAACAUUUACUACCACAAUGUGGAUAAUAUUGCCACUGUCCCAUAUGUUUAUAAUCUCUGUUGUCUGGUUUGUUAGGCCAGAAAGUGAAAGGUUGAAAUCAGGAUUCGGCGACAUGCUCUGGUUUGCAAUAUCUGUCGUUUUUAACGCACAUAGGGAAGAGGUGGGCGGUGGUUUAGCCCGGCUGGUGUUAGCGCCAUGGCUGUUUGUAAUUCUUGUGGUAACCUCAAGUUUCACUGCAAGCCUUACCUCCAUGAUGACAGUGUCGAGAUUUGCUCCCUCGGUUGUAGAUAUUGAAACACUGAGGCAAACAAACGCAACUGUGGGGUGCAACUUUCAUUCUUUCAUCAUGCGAUAUCUAAACAACGUCUUGCAGAUUUCUCCUGAUAAUAUUAAGACCCUCUCUUCCAUUGAUGAUUAUCCAAAGGCCUUUGACAAUGGAGAAAUUCAAGCAGCUUUCUUCAUAACUCCUCAUGCCAAGGUCUUUCUUGCUAAGUACUGCAAAGGCUACACCACAGCAGCUACUUUCGAUCUGGGUGGCAUCGGUUUUGCUUUUCCAAAAGGUUCAACUUUAGCUGUGGACGUGUCGACAUCGAUCAUUGAACUAAUUGAGAGAAGAAAAAUGCCGCAAUUAGAUACAAUGUUGCUGUCUACCUUCAAUUGUUCUUUAUUAAGCCAAGUUGAUGGGACGUCGCGUUUGGGGCCUUGGCCUUUCGCAGGUUUGUUCAUCGUUUCAGGAAGUAUUGCUCUUGGAGUACUGCUAUGUACUGUUGUGAAACGGGUUGGGGAUUGGCGGCGCCGUGGACAUGCACAUGUCAAACCCUUGGACGAUGGAGAUGGGCUUGCGGGUGGUGAACCAAACAUUGCAAUUCAAUUGGCGUAUGUUGCAAAAUAA